AUGGAGUUGAGAGCAGUGGUCAUUGGAAAGCAUCACUCUGGGAAAACAUCGGUGAUCAACACUAUACUGGAGACCAGAACAGAAGCUGAAGGAGAUGAGGAUGUGAAGAGAGAGGGGUUUAUUGAUGGCAGGAGACUCAGUCUUGUUGAAACUCCUGGCUGGUGGAACACCUUCAAUCUAAAUGAUUUAUCCAACCUCUCCAAACAGCAGCUGGUUCGCAUGAUUUCUCUGAUUUCACCUGGACCUCAUGUGGUUCUGAUUGUGAUUCAGGCUGACUCUGCAUUUAUUGACACCGAUGGAAGAUUUCUGGAGGAUUAUGUGGAGAUGGUGGGUCCCAAUGUCUGGACUCACACCCUCGUCAUCUUCACAAGAGGAGAUUUAAUUAAACCAGAAGACAUAGAGCAGAAUAUUCAGAAGGACGGGUCUGCACUCAAGCGCCUUAUUGAAAAAUGUGAAAAUAAAUAUCAUGUUUUUAAUAAUUCAAACCAUUACGACCGAACCCAAGUCAAAGAGCUGUUCAAGAAAAUAGAAGGAAUUGUUCAGAAGAAUAACGGCAAGCACUUUGACAUCGAUCUGAAGAAAGUAAAGGAAGUCAAUGAGCAGUGGGAGGAAAUUCAUACCAGAGCAUAUUCUAGAAAAUCCAGAGUACAGGAGAAACGGUCAAAAGUUCAAGAAAAAGCAUGUGUGCAUCGUCUAGAGGAGAUCAGAGUUGUUUUGCUGGGAUGGGUUCUUUGUGGAAAGAGUUCAGCUGGAAACAUCAUCUUGAACCGAGAUGAAUUUGCAAUAGGAGGAAAAACCGGAGAAUGUACGAGAAGGUUUGGAGAUGUAGACGGAAGGAAGAUUACGGUUUUGGACACUCCAGGCUGGUGGAAGUACUUCGCAUCUGAACUCAACCCAGAUUUCAUUAGAUCUGCGAUCUUAGGAAGUGUUUCAGAGUUUGAGAAGCCCCCUCAUGCCAUACUGCUCGUGAUUCCAGCAGAUGUAGCAUUUCUGGAAGAACAAAAGAGGAUCACUGAACAAAAUAUAUCUAUCCUGGGAGACGACGUCUGGAGACACACAAUAGUUUUGUUCACGUGGGGCGACAGAUUCAAAAACAUCUCAAUCGAGCAGCACAUUGAGAGUGAAGGUGAAGCUCUUCAGUGGCUGAUUGAGAAAUGCAGGAACAGAUAUCACCUCUUUGACAACACAGACAAGAACAAUCGAGAUCAAGUCACAGAGCUGCUUCAGAAGAUUGAUGAGAUGGCGGCAGAAAACAGUCUAUUCCAUCUCAACACAUAGAAAAACUGAUUCAGAAACAAGCCAUCAGAAUUCCAAUUAUUGGUUUAUGUCUUCAUCGGUUUGUCUUGGUCUGAUGUAUUUAAAGGACUGCAGCAAAAGGAUUGGGCGAUUCUGUACCCCAAAAUCCCGUAGUGUGUUGAGUGUCUCUUCACUUCAUACUAUGUAUUUUAUAAAGGUCAGGUAUGCAUAUUUUAUUUUUAGAUUAAUCUCUGUGAAUUUGAUGUUUUAUAAAUCAUAUGAUUUGAUAUGUUUCAAUUGGAUAUGUAAUUGGC